UUGACAAUAUGGCGGCCGAACGGGGUUUGGAUUUGGAGAAAUUUUUGGUUUGACAGCACUGACCGGGGGAUACGAAAAUAACUUAUUUCCACUUCGGGAGUGAACAGAACAGAUGCAUUUGAAUGAAGGCACCCGAGAAUCCUCAGGACGGUGAUAGUGAGAAGAGGAAACGUCCAGAGUGUGAAACCCGUCAUGUCGUUUUUUAAGAGGAAAGCCAAAAGCAAGGAACCUGAGAACGUGACCGAUGCUAAAGUCAACAGAACUCCAGUCAGCCCUCACUCUCUAUCGCCUGGACUGAGGAACCACAAUGCCAUCCAGGAAGCUGCUGGGCCCAGCCAUGUGGCCAUCAACGCUAUAUCUGCCAACAUGGACUCUUUCGCUCGCGGCCGCACCGCCAUCCUCAAGAAGCAGCCGAGCCACAUGGAGGCGGCGCACUUUGGAGACCUUGGUCAUUCCAGUGUGAACUAUCAGCCACAGGAGACCCGCUCUCGACUCUGCAAGACAGUGGAUCAGGUCCUUCGAGACAAUAUGGCAAUGCCACACUAUAUGCAUUUCAUGGAGCAACAAGGUGCUGACCACCUGGUUCGGUUCUGGCUGGAGGCUGAGAGCUUCCGCUCUACCAGCUGGUCGCGUGUCAGAGCACACAGCCUCAACUCCGUCAAACACAGCUCGUUGGCCGAGCCGGUGCCCAUCUCUCCAGAUAGCUCAGAGCUCCGAGAAGUUGCCCCAGGCUCGCCCAGCGUCCUAUCCCAGAUCAGUAGCAGCGAAGGAGUCACAGCGCUGUCGGAUCGACGGGGCUCCUCCAGCACAGAUGAAAGCCUCAGACCCAGCACGCCUCGAGCAGAGACACCCAGCAGGCAGGCGCCUUCCAGGACAGGAACUCCCUGCAAGGGGCAGCCAAACAGUAGUCUGCGAGACCUCUCUGAUAAACUCAUGAAAAGUAUAGAAAAGGAUGCUGUUACCAUCUUCACCAAGUACGUCUCUCCAGAUGCCGCGAGGCCCAUCCCCAUCACAGAACAGAUCAGAAAUGACAUAGUCGCUAAAAUUUGUGGAGAAGACGGGAUGGUGGACCCAAACUGCUUUGUCAUUGCACAGUCGGUAGUCCUCACCAUAUUGGAACAACAGCACUUUAUGGAAUUCCUGCGGAGCCAUCAUUUCUGUAAAUACCAGAUUGAAGUGUUGACUAGUGGCUCUGUGUUCCUGGCUGACAUCUUGUUCAGUGAGUCGGCUCUCUUCUACUUCUCGGAGUACAUGGAGAAGGAAGAGGCGAUGAAUGUAUUGCAGUUCUGGUUGGCAGCAGACAAUUUCCAGAACCAGCUAGCAGCUAAAAGGGGCCAGUAUGACGGCCAGGAGGCUCAAAAUGAUGCAAUGAUCCUCUAUGACAAGUAUUUCUCACUCCAGGCCACCAACCCUCUGGGCUUUGGCGACUCUGUGCGGAUGGAGAUAGAGUCAAAUAUCUGCCGAGAAGGAGGGCCUCUCCCCGAGUGUUUCACCACUCCACUCAGACAGGCCUGGACGACCAUGGAGAAGGUCUACAUGCCCGGAUUCCUGUCGAGCAACCUUUAUUACAAAUACUUGAGCGACCUCAUCAAUUCGGUGCGAGCAGAUGAGUUUGUGAAUGUCAGCAGCCAGGGUCAGGGCGGUCCGAUGGACAAUGACCGCUCGAGUUCAAAUGCCAGCGAGGGCUCUCAGACUCAGCAGGGUUCCAAAAAAACGUUGAUUAAGAUCUUGAAGAACUUUGACGAGGCGAUCACGGUGGACGUUGCCAGUCUGGACCCCGAGUCCUUGUACCAGCGGCCCUAUGCUGGAAAGAUGACUUUUGGGAAGGUAAAUGAGCUGGGCCAGUUUAUCAGGGAGGCAGAGCCAGAGCCAGAUGUGAAGAAAUCCAAAGGUUCCAUGUUUUCUCAAGCCAUGAAGAAAUGGGUUCAAGGCAACUCGGAUGAGGCUCAGGAGGAGAUGGCGUGGCAGAUUGCAAAGAUGAUUGUUAAUGAUGUUGUCCACCAGUCAAACCAUAGCAGCCCUGGCAAAUCCACCAAGUUAUGACCCCACUGAGGAACCAAAGGAGCGUCACUCCCUGCAGACACAGGCCAAGCCGGGGACAAACUGUACUCAAGGCUCACAGUGCAAUGAUCUGCAUCACUCUUGAAGACGAACACAGCAUUUUUAUCACCUCCCUAACUAGUCUGUGUGUGUGUGUGUGUGUGGCUGUAUGCUUGGGUGAAUGAUUGUUCACGCAUGGACCAAUAGAAAAACUUGAAGUACAUCUUCCAGCUCUGUAACACUAUAAAGGUACACGUGUAGUCGCCAAAAGUAAAUCAAGUGCUUGCAUCAAAACGGAGAAAGUUACUCGUGUGGGUGAAAACUUUCAAGAUGUUUUCAGAAGAAAACCGGCACAGAGAACAAAAAGCAGCAGCAGCAGCAUGUCAGGACUAUCAGUGCUUCACCUGUCUGAUCCCGGAUGUGUCAAAGACUGAAUUAAGCUCGAUCCCUCACGAUCGUUACACUCCUCCCCCCCAAACCUUUUAUAACCAUUCCUUGUUUUUAGAUGAAACUCUCUCCUUGGAGUCCGCAACUUAGAUGCCACUUGGAUCGGUUUGGAGUGUUGUACAGUUUUCGCUUACAUGUCCCUUCCUAAUCCAGCUGGAGUGGUUUUGUCAGCCAUUCAGUGAUGUCAGCUUUCCUACUCCAUAAAAGACCUGGUUAAAAAAAAAAAAAAAAAAGACAGUGAAACAGAUAAAGAGCGGAAUCGUUCUUGGACAGGUGGAUCAUCUUUGUGUAUAUCAAGGCACCUUUACAGAGCGUAGAAUAAAUACUCCGUAAUGAACUUAAAGUGCUCCACUUGUGUUGGAAAACUCCAGACAUUGUGUCCUAGAGACUAUACAUAUAUAUAAAUAUAUAUAUAUAUACAGUAUAUAUAGAUUUUCUGGUUUAUCCCAUACAUUAAUGUUUGUCUUUUUUAAUGGUGGUCUUAGUUUUUUUUUUUUUUUUUUUUUUAAUACAUCACUGAAACAAACCCCAGCAUUGAUAGAUCCUUAAACUGGAAAAUGUGUUCAGUAAAUUUAAAUUUUAUUUCUUUUGAGCCUUACCAAGAUAUGGAAAGGAACCAGAAAGACUUUUGGUACUAUGUACCACUAAUGUUUUCUGACUUGUACGUAUGUGUACUUGAUCUAUAAUAUAUUUAAACUGUGUCUGAUUUAAAUACAAAUAUAAUGAAGUGUU